GCUAAUACUAAUAUUUGAUGAAAUGAAGUCUAUUUUCUUCAUUAUUGUUCUCGUUUCAAGCCUUGUUUCAAUGGCUAUUGCAAUUCCAGGCACUGCCACCUUUUACCAACAAUAUACUCCAUCUGCAUGUUAUGGGAGCACCCCAGAGGGAGUGAUGAUUGCCGCAGCAAGUGAUCCUUUGUGGGAUGGAGGUGCCAUUUGCGGAAAGAUGUUCACAGUUAAAUGCACCGGUGCCACAAAUGUAGUCCCUCACCCAUGCUAUGAUGGUAAAACAGUCACUGUUAAAAUUGUUGAUCAUUGUCCAGGUUGUGGCGGAACCCUAGACCUUUCUAAAGAAGCAUUUGAAUCCAUUGCCAACCCUAUCGCUGGAGUUAUCAAAAUUGAGUAUUGGUAGUUGAAUUACUAACGAAGGACCAUAUAAUUAACACUUGGAUUAUUUCUUGUUUUAUUGUUUUUGGAUCAAUAAUAAGCUAUGACAUUUUGAAAUCAACGA